AUGGAAAGUGUGGAGAGUUAUCCAAAAGAAUAUUUGACAAAAAGAUGGAUAAAAGAUGUGGUACCACGAUACAUGAAUACUUAUAAAAUACCAAAUGUCCAUACAAAAGAAAAGAAAGAAGAAAUUCAAUCUGUUAUACGGGAACUAGAAUUUGCAAUGGAGUUCUGCAUUGAUAGGCUGAUGAAUGACUUUGACAAAUUGAUCUUGUUCAGAAAUGAUAUGAAUGAGAAGAUGAAAAAGGUUGACAAUGAAACAAAAAAUGCAAAAUCAAUGAAAAACACAAAAGUUAUUGAGACUUUGAUGGGUAUGGAACAAAAGGAGAAAGUAAACAUAUUAGCUCCUACAUUAAUCAAUAACCAAGGUGUUCGAAAAACAAAGAAAAUAAUGAAGGGGAAGAAGAAGAUUGGUGCUGAAAAAGCAAAGAAGAAUGAGAGAAAAUGUCUUAAAUGUGGUAAAUAUAUAAAAUACGACACAAGUGAAAAACAUGAUGCACAUAAUUGCCAUAAAUUCGCAACAGAAGAAGCGAGAUCUAAUGUUUGA